CUACAGUCCGGCGGAACCGAGCCUGGUUCUAUCGAGCCUGGCUUUACCGGGCCCAGCUGGACCGCGGCCCGGCAUCACCCACAGCCCGGCUCUAUCGAGCCUGGUUCUAUCAAGCCUGGCUUUACCGGACCCAGCUGGACCUCGGGCCGGCAUCGCCCGCAUCCCGGUUCUGUCGAGCCUGGUUCUAUCGAGCCUGGCUUUACCGGGCUCGGCUUUACCACGGCCUGGCAUCACCCGCAGCCCGGCGGAACCGAGCCCGGCUGUACCGCGGCCUGGCUUUACCGGGCCCGGCUGGACCGCGGGCCGGCAUAACCCGCAUCCCGGUUCUACCGAGCCUGGUUCUAUUGAGCCCGGCUGUACCGAGCCCGGCUGUUCCGAACCCGGCUGUUCGAGCCCGGCUUGACCCGCAGCCCGGUUCUGUCGAGCCCGGCUCUAUCGGGCCCGGCUCUAUCAAGCCCGGCUGCUCCGAGCCCGGCUGUACCGAACCCGGUUUGACCCCCAGCCGAGCCCACCCGGGGCCGUGAGGGCGGGAGAGGCGGCGCCGGGCCGGGCCGGGUUUGUUCCCCUCACCGCCGUCCAUCCCCCGCUCCCGAGGAAGGAAGAAGAAUGUCCCAAAAACAGCUGAAAGAAGCCUUUAUCAGCAACCUAAAUGGAACAAGUUUGCUGGAAAUUUCCGUAGGUUUAUCCCUGGCUCCGCUGUGCCUGCUCUGCAGAGGGCUUCUCCUGAUCCUGUACUACCUGCACCAUGGAAAACCUGUAAGCUCAAGGAAAUACAGCCUGCUGCUCGACUUCCUGGUGCUGGUGUCUCCUCUCCUGUUCUCCUGCACCAUCUUGUCUCCAAUCAUCUUUUUCAUUCCAGUWAUCCUCGCUGCUUUUUGCGCCGGAAUAUUUUCCAAAAUAUACAGCCAAAGAAAACGGGAGGCCAGAGUGCCCUUUGGGCAAGUUGUAAAAGAAUUCCAGAAGACAUACUUGGAUCCUGAGUACAUUCCAGCAAUAACUGUGUUCCGUGUUUAUGUCAAUGUGCUGACAUCCAUCAGCAUUUUAGCCGUGGAUUUCCCGCAGUAUCCCCGGCGAUAUGCCAAGGCCGAGACCUACGGCACCGGAGUUAUGGAUCUGGGGGUUGGAGCUUUUAUCUUUGGAAAUGCUCUCGUUUGCCCUGAGGUUCGACAGAAAUCUGCUGUGACCCCACCUAGAUUUUCCCAUCUGGCCAGGCAGGCGUUUUCCGUGUGGCCACUGAUUUCCCUCGGUGUCGGGCGACUGCUGAGCGUUAAAUCCAUCGAAUACCACGAGCACACCUCGGAGUACGGAGUGCACUGGAAUUUUUUCUUUACCUUGGCGUUUGUGAGACUUGCAGCGUCUCUGCUUUUAGCCAUAUUUCCCAAACAUAAGGCUUGGCUUGUGGCUCUAGCUCUGGCUGUUUUUUACCAGCUCAUCCUUAGCACUACCUCUCUGAAGAUGUUUAUCCUGCACGGGAGUGACGGCAGAGAUUCCCGGCUCGGCUUCCUCGACGCCAACCGGGAAGGGCUGCUCUCCCUCGUGGGAUACCUGGCCAUCUACCUGGCGAGUGUGCAGGUGGGGCAGUGGCUGCUGCAGCGCAGGGACUCGGUGAGGGGCUGGACUGCAGCCYUGARGGUGCUGAUCCUGGCARUUCUGGUGYUGUUUGUGCUCCUGCAGCUGUGCCAGGCGUGCACGGAGCCCGUGUCGCGCCGCAUGGCCAACCUGUCCUUCUGCACCUGGGUGCUCGCCCACUGCCUGCUGCUGCUGAGCUUUUUUGUGCUCACUGACCUCGCCUUGGUGUUCACAAAGCUGCUGGUGAAGGGUUCCAGCGUGUCCUGCUGCUGGAGGAUUGUGCAGCCCCAAAAUUCCAAUAAAAAGCACGGAAUGGAGGCCGUGCCCGUGGGGAGGGAAGACAAGCUGUCACAGCCAUGCCUGAUUAGUGCUAUUAACAAAAAUCAAUUACUGUUUUUCUUGCUAGCAAAUGUUAUGACUGGUGCUGUGAACAUCCUGAUAGAUACAAUCCACAGCAGGGCUGCCUUKACAUUAUGCAUACUGCACUUGUACAUGUUUUUUAACUGUUUAGUUAUGUAUAUAUUGCACGCCAAAAAUAUAAUAUUAAAGUUUUGGUGAUUCCACUCAGGGUGAGUGGACUAGUGGGACUUUGUUUGCUGCAAUUGAAUGAUGGUAUUUAGUGGAAAAAUCAGUAUUUUUCCUCAUGUGCUGUAAUAGUUUAUAAUUUAGUAGAGCUUUUUAUUAUUUAGUGUUGAUUAGUUUUUAAUGGCUCGUUUUACCAAAUUAUACAGUCAAUGCUCUUACCUGUUGGGAGUUGUUGCACAUUAUCCUGAAAACUUAGUAUUUGAGAUUGCUGAAUAUUCCUGCUGAGAGUCAGCUGUAUUUACAGUUAGUGAACUGUAUUCRUACCCAAGGAAUUAGAUAACGAGGUACAGAGUAGAAACCAGAUGAAAAUUAAGAAAAUGAGUAAUUAUCUGGAGAGARAGGCCUAGCUGUGUCAAGAUUUACCUAGUUAAGGCCCUUGCAUAAAUAAUAGAUAAGAAUAAUUCUUUAUAUAAAAUGUAUUGAAUAAGUGGAUACUUUAAAACAUUUUGGCCCCAGUCCUUCAGAGAUUCAUGCAUAUGCUUGACUUUGAUGGUAGUAAUUGUGGAAUGUUAAUCAUACACUGAAACCUAAAUUAGCCUUUGAAUUAAAGCUAAAUUUUACUUCCAUCCCCACUGAUGAAUAUAAAUGAAGACCUGAGAUAAAAUGUGAUGCUCUGAAGGAUAGACUAAACUGCAGAUGAAUUCAUAAAGCAGUUGUUGGAGGCUKUGGUGCAGAUAAUAAGAGCAACACUUCAGGGUGUAGAUGGAAAGAAGUGCAGUGCAGGGUUCUGGCAGUGUCUAGAGAAGGGAGCUGCUCAGUUUCUCAGUCUUCCUUGCAAGCCCAGAGCAGAACACCUUCUUUGUUCCCUUUCCUGACUUGUGACAGUUCUUCCUGACCUCAUAAAGUUGUUGGGAAGAGAAAUAUACUUCGAGAUUGUGAGGAAUUCAAUAAUGGGAUAUAAAUACUGUAGGAGUAGAAUACCAAUGGUAGUUGAUGAUUGAUGUCUAAUGUCAGUGGAGUUACAGCAGURCACAUGGACCAUAUUUCAUAUUUCUCUCCUUGUCUAUCACAAGUGAUGAAUCAUAAAACCUUUGGAGAAUAAGCCUCUAAAUCAGAUUCCUUAAGACAGACAUGCUGUGGCAGAGUCAUAAAUUUAUGAGGUUCUCCAAGCCCCUGGGCAGCAGAAAGGUGAAGUCUGAGGAUUGCAGGCUGUGGCCACGCUGAGUUCAUGCUUGUUUGCUUCCAACUUAAAGCCAGGUAGUCUUGAGAAUUAAAGCAAACCAGCCUGUAUUAUCAUGGGGACAAAUGCAAGAAUGGGUAACAACCUCUCAGAAACAGUUUUCACUUCAUAGCAGAGUUUUCUGGAAACUGGUGGAUGUUUUUAUUUUAAAACACUUCCUAGACUUGCGUAGGGAAGAAAGGUCUUCCUCGUGAGCCRACUGGCACUACUCAUUUAUGCAAAAUUACUCAUGGAUAUUUAUUUUUGCAAUAUUUAAAGCCUCGGACCUGCAGUGAGUUCUGCCUGUGAGCACAGGCCUAUUGGUGUGAUUCAGAAUUAAUUGGGUGUGACAGGCAGGGCUGUGUCUGGACAAGCACAGGGCAUCCAGGUGCCAACAGCACUGGGUGAAGCACAGAGGACGUGGGAGGUCUGAGAGCUCCACACGGGCUGGUGCUUCCAGUUCCAGGGCUGUGCUUGCCACAACAGCAGCAAACUGAGGGGAUUGUGGUGCACAGGAGUCAGAACAACCCUCUCUCCAAUGCCACAGCUUCUCAUCUUGAGGAUUUUCUGCUUCUAAAGCCCUAAAGAAGCAAGUUAGAGGUUGUAGCCAGGUGUGUGUUGUUUCUUCUCACAGGCAAAAAGUGACAGAAAGAGAGGACAUGGCCUCAAGCUGCACCAGGAGAGAUUUAGGAUGGACACCAAGAGGAAUUUCUCCAUGGAAAGUGUGAUCAGGCAUUGGAAAGCAUCCAAGGAAUGACUGGAGGUGGCACUCAGUGCUCUGGGCUGAAAGUGUGGAUCAGUCACAGGAUCGACUUGAUGAUCUCAGAGGUCUUUUCCAACCUAAAUGAUUCUGGGAUUCUGUGAGUUGUUCACCAGUGAAUUAACGAGAGACAAUUAAUUCCCAUUGCUUGUUGUCGAUAACAAAUGCAGCGAGCUCUGCCCUGCAGCAACUGGUGGUUAUGAAUGCUGAGUGUUCAGCUGAGAUUGUGAGGAAUUCAGCCACAGACAAUUGCCCAGGCCUCUGACAAACCCAGAGGUGCAAACGAGCGUCCUUUGAUGGCAGGAUGAGCAAACAGCUCUGUUUGGGUCUGAAAAGAUGUGAAAGGACACCACACACACCUCCACAGCUGUUGGCUGCAAGGAACAGGAACUCUGCAUUUYACUUCGCUCUGGGCUGUGUUUAGACAAAGAACUCUUUGUGCAGAUCAAAGGUGUGUGUUAAAAAAUCAGGAACUUUUACUGAGUUGUUACAUAAUGAGUAAAAGUUUAAGAUGUUUCAAGUAGGAAGACUAAGAUGAUUCAACUGUAGCCUGCCACCAACUUCAGUAAGAGUAAAGCAGAAGAAAAUACAAAUUGUUUUUCCUUUGCUGCUGUAACUCCACCAAAUGACCCUUUUGUAGAGCUGCAAGGUAGAAAAAAUAAGGUGGGAGAGUAGCACUGAUUACAUUUAACCUUAACCUUUUAUUAAACAUCAGUGUCUUCUUAACGAAUUCAUUAUUUUCAAGUAUGAACUCUAGCAUGCCUCCCUUUCCAGCUGCACUGGUGUCUCUUUUGAAGUCAAAUGUUMCCCUGAAGAUUCCAGGCAGUAUCAUAUUUCAAAACCAUACUGUCCCAGAGAACAGGUAUUUCUUCCAGGCAAAGAGGGGCAUGCAAAUGAACACAGGAAGGGGCUGGCUGCCUUCCCACUGUGUUGGAGAUAACAACCAACUUAAAAAAAAAAUUAAAAAUCCAUGGAUAAAAAUGGUAUGAAAUAUCCAUAUAAUAUCCAUAUGCACCCCGAGAAUACAAAAUUUGGGGCACUGCUGAUUGUUGAUGUGAUCCAACCAUGCUCUGGGCCUGCAGAGCGACACAGGAACACACGCCCCUGCAAAGAUGUGUGGUUCAGAGUGCUCUGGUGUGAGAAACUAUCCYUUAUUAAAAAAAAAUCCCUGCUUUUCUGCRGCAGAAAACCGUGAAAACACCAACKGCAAACCGUGCAGCCUCACGACUCCACACGUUGUUCCCGUUGGARCUGCUGCACGAGGAGCUCGAGUAAAUGAACUCCUCCACUACGCAGCAUUUUUAUGCAGACACAAGAAAAAAAAUA